AUGUCGAGUUUGGAGAAGAAUGAAGAGUCAUUGAAUAGCCAACAUAUUGGAAGUAUCGAAACUAAUGAAAUGUCAAAAUGGCAGAAAUUUAAGGAUUCAUUUAAAAGAGCAGAUAUACCAGAUAACCAUAUAGUUGAGUCAUCAAAUAAUAGUAUACUACAGAACACUAACAACAGUGAUAAUCAUGAUUUAGAAUUACAAGAUAAAUAUUCAACAAAUGAAGAAGAACCAUCUGGUGAAUUACAUAGAGAAUUAAAAAAUAAACAUAUUCAAAUGAUUGCAUUAGGAGGAAGUGUAGGUACUGGAUUAUUAAUUGGAUCUGGAGGUUCAUUAAGAACAGGUGGACCAGCAAGUUUAAUUAUAGCUUGGGGAUUAGUUGGUACAAUGGUUUAUUGUACUAUAAUGGCAUUAGGUGAAUUAUGUGUUGCAUUUCCAGUAAAUGGUGCAUUUUCUCAAUAUGGAUCGAGAUUUGUUGAUGAAAGUUGGGGUUUUGCAGUUGGUUGGAAUUAUGCUAUAAUGUGGUUAAUUGUAUUACCUUUGGAAUUAGUAGCUGCUGCAAUGUGUAUAAGUUAUUGGAAUAAUGAUAUAAAUCCUGCAAGUUGGGUUGCAAUAUUUUACGUAUUGAUAAUGAUAAUUAAUUUAUUUGGUGUAAAAGGAUACGGAGAAGCUGAAUAUUAUUUAACUAUUUUCAAAAUUAUUGCCAUAAUAGGAUUUAUUAUCUUAGGAGUUGUUUUAGUUGUUGGUGGUGGACCUAAAAAGGAAUUUAUUGGUGCAAAAAACUGGCAUAUUGAUAAAGCUCCAUUCCCCAAUGGAUUUAAAGGUUUAGCAACAACUUUUGUAACUGCUUCUUAUUCAAUGGCUGGUUCAGAAAUGUGUGGUAUAGCUGCGCUGGAAGCUAAAAAUCCUGCUAAAACUUUACCAAAAGCUGUAAGACAAGUAUUUUGGAGAAUUUUUUUAUUUUUCUUUUUAUCUUUGACAAUGAUUGGAUUAUUAGUACCUUAUAAUUCACCAGAUUUAUUAGGUAGUGGAUAUGUUUCUUCAAGUCCCUUUGUUAUUGCUAUUAAAGAUGCUGGAAUUUAUGCAUUACCUUCAAUUUUCAAUGCAUGUAUUUUAAUUUCAGUAGUUUCAGUUGGUAAUUCAGCUGUUUAUGGAUGUUCACGUACUGUUCAAUCAUUAGGUCAACAAGGUUUAGGACCUUCAAUAUUGGCAUAUGUUGAUGUUAAAGGUAGACCAUUAGCUGGAUUAGCUUUAAGUGCAGUAUUUGGAUUAUUAUGUUUCUUGGCUGCUUAUAAAGAUCAAAGUACCGUUUUUGCUUGGUUAUUAAGUGUUUCAGGUUUAGCUACAAUUUUUUCAUGGUUUAAUAUAUGUUUAUGUCAUUUAAGAUUUAGAAUGGCUAUGUCAAAACAAAAUAGAUCAUUAAAAGAAUUAAGUUUUACUUCAAAAUUGGGAAUAUAUGGAUCAAUAUAUUCAAUGGGAUUUUUAAUAUUGGUACUUGGUGUACAAUUUUGGGUUGCUUUAUUUCCUCUUGGUUCAAAUGGUAAAGCUAAUGCUGAGAAUUUUUUUAAAAAUUAUUUAGGUUCUGUUGUUAUAUUAAUUUUUUAUUUGGGUCAUAAAAUAUAUAGUAAGGAUUGGAAAAUUUAUAAAAAUUUAGAUCAAAUUGAUUUGGAUAGUGGUAGAAGACAAGUUGAUUUAGAAGUUAUUCAAUCUGAAUUGGAGGAAGAGAGGCUAUUGGCUAAAAAUAAACCUAUGUAUAUAAGAAUAUGGAAUUAUUGGUGUUGA